CUGAUUGGGCGGCGCGUUCGGGCGGGCGCGCGCCCGCCCCUGUGUGGGCGGGGCGGGCGCGGCGCGCGCCGAGUCCCGACGCGAGAGCCGCGGGGUCGGUUGCGCUGCGCGUUGCGAGCGGUUGCGCCGCGCUCUCUCCCUUGGUAACCGGAGUUGCGGGAGGCGGGGACUGUCCGCCGCUGCCAGCAGCCCCGGGGCCCCUGCCCGGCUCCAGCCUCCCUCCCUCCCUCCUUCCCUGCCGGCCGCCGAGAGCGCGAGCGCGGGUCCCGCCGCGGGGAGCGGAGCCAGCGCGGGGCGGCUCCAUCAUGUCGACGGGCGGCGACUUCGGCAACCCGCUGCGGAAAUUCAAGCUGGUUUUCCUGGGCGAGCAGAGCGUGGGGAAGACCUCCUUGAUCACCAGGUUCAUGUAUGACAGCUUUGACAACACCUAUCAGGCAACAAUUGGCAUUGACUUUUUAUCGAAAACCAUGUACCUGGAGGAUCGAACAGUACGGUUGCAAUUAUGGGACACAGCAGGUCAAGAGCGGUUCAGGAGCUUGAUUCCUAGCUACAUUCGUGACUCCACUGUUGCAGUUGUUGUUUAUGAUAUCACAAAUGUAAACUCAUUCCAGCAAACCACAAAAUGGAUUGAUGAUGUCAGAACGGAAAGGGGCAGUGAUGUCAUCAUUAUGCUAGUGGGAAAUAAAACAGAUCUAGCAGAUAAGAGGCAAGUGUCCAUUGAGGAGGGAGAGAGGAAAGCCAAAGAGCUGAAUGUAAUGUUCAUUGAAACUAGUGCGAAAGCAGGAUACAAUGUAAAACAGCUUUUCCGACGCGUGGCAGCUGCCUUGCCUGGAAUGGAGAGCACACAGGACAAAAGCAGAGAAGACAUGAUUGACAUAAAACUGGAAAAGCCUCAAGAGCAGCCGGUCAGUGAAGGAGGUUGUUCCUGCUAAUACCAUGUUGCUUCUCUUACCUUUCUUCAGAACAUCACUGCUUCCCCUCCCUUUACUCUUCAUUGACUGCAGUGUGAAUAUUGGCUUGAACCGUCCCCUUUCAGUAAUAACGUAUUGCAAUUCAUCGUUGCUGGCUGUCUCGUGGAGAUGAUCUCUUAGCUUCACAAGCACACACACACAAGAGAAUGUCAGUGUCUUCAUUAUUUAUAAGAAAAAAAAAAUAAAGCCAAAAUAUUCCAGCAUAUUCCAGUUAUAACUUUAAAAAGAUAGGUACAAUUUCUUAAUAUUGGUUCCUUUUUUAAUGUUAUGAUAUUGCACUUUGAAAUGAUGGAAAUUGAGUAAAUUUUGAGUUGGACUUGGUGAAGAGGUAUGUGCAGAAUAACACUUAUAUCUUACCCACUUGAUUUCGCUAUCAAACUGGAAAUGACUAGACAGCAGUCAAAAGAAAGGUAGAGUUGGCGUAUCCUUUAGGGUUAGAUGCUGCCCUUUCAAUAUAAAAUAAACAGAAAAGCUAUAAUCAUCCUCUACGGUGAGAUGCUCUGAAUCUUUUUUUCAAGCCCCAAACAUUUUGGAAACCUGAAACUUUAGCAGGGUUUUGAUGCUGAAAAAGGCUAUUGAGUCUUAGUCUUCGCAGAGUCAAUAUGAACAAAUUUCCAAGAAAGCAGACCCAGAAAUAUUACAUUUCUUUCUGAUAUCGAUAGAUGGCUUUUUUGGGCAGGGACACGUGCUAACGAAACACUUUUGCGGGAGACAAGUAAACAGAUGUCUUGGAUAUACAAUUAGUUUUAAAAGCAUUUUUUUUCUUUUAUGUAGAACUCCAAUAAAGUAAAUUAUUACUUGAGAGAUUGGAACGUGAGAUUUUGGCUAUUGGGGAGAAAAGCAAUUUUUUAAAAAGAGGGAAGUUUUAAACAAAGUUCAGCCUCAGCACUAAAAACAAUUUGGUCAGUGGAUUGGCACGUCCAAAUUUAGUAGAAAGACAAAACAGCAUUUGAUGGAACAAGUAGAAAUGUUACAAUAAUUUACAGUUAAUAUGGGGUGGAUGGAUUGAGGAUCAGCUCGUGGGUUUCCUUAUCAUGGUCCUAAGUAAAUUGAGGAGGGGGGGAUAUUUACUUGUGAGUCUAUAGAAGUAGAUUUGAAAGACCCUAGGUGAAAAAGAAGGGAAUUUUAAUAGGAUGGACAGAAACUUAUGAUUAUGCAGACAUAUGCCUUUAAUUUUUAGCAUUUUUUAUGUUGGGUCUUCCAAGUUGGUUUAGUUUUUUCAUUAGAUCUGUAUAGUUUGGUUAAAUAGCUAGUAAUUUAGUUUUAUAUUUAACUAAGCUACAGUUAACCAUUUUUCUUUUAUAUUUAUUUCUCGGCUUAAUUUUUUUUACUAUUUUCAGUAUUUUUUGUUUUGCUGAGGAAUCCGUGUAGAGCUUUGCCAGUGUUGCAAGAUGUAGCUAUCCAAGAAACACACAGAAACCAAUACACUAGACGCGCACCCUCGUAAUCUUUACUAGUCCUUGUGAAAUUGCUGUGUCAGUUAAUAAACACAAUUGUAAAUACAUUGUUUGCAGGAAGAGUAUUGCUGAGUUACAGUGCAGGAAAAAAAUGCCUUACAAGCACUACUUAAUUGACAAAGUCUAAAGAUGGAAUUGAAAACACUCAAACUCCUCCCUCCUUUCCUUCUGCCCUUCCCCCACUGAAAAUAACCAACCUGGGGGGAAUAGCCCCCCACCCCCACUGCUGUCACCUGGCAAUAUGCAGAGAAAGUGUGGAAUUCUGCAUUCUGGAGUUGAAUGUCAAAUCAAUACCUGCCCUGGGUUUCUAAUAACUCUGCAUACCAAUAACUUAACAUUAAAGGCAAAAAUGAGAUGUAAAGUGCUUUUAUAAUGCAAUAUUAAAGGCGAUUUUUUUUUUGACGUGGCAUGUCUUGAAAUAAACAGUGAAAUAUGA